GUCAUUAGUGUCAAAGUUUGACGGAAGGGAUGGUUGACGUUUUAAUGUUUUGAAAAUAAAUAGUUUUUCAGAUAAAUAUCAGUAAAUAACUGCUUUUAACUCAAUAUCUAGCCAAUAUGUCGCAGCAUUUGGUUAAUGAAAAUAGUAAAUACAUAUUAGACCUAUUUUCAGAGCAGACCGUAGAUCAACAAACACUAGAUUCAAUAUGCACACAAGUGCAGAAGAAGUUUCCUAAAUCAGACCAUUUUAACUUAUGUCUACUACUAUCUUCACUCAUCACCGGCGGGGACUUGUCCCUGCCUGGUCAGCGCGUGGUGGCCAUAGCCAUCCUGUUUGACGUGUACAAGCUGGACAAUCCCUUUGCAUCACUGUUCCUGCACCUGUUGGAAGGCAAGGCUGGUCUGACACCGCUGUUGCCCCAGGAGAGGCUUCUCAUUGGACAGCUGCAUGGCUUCCUGCCUGUUAAUGUUAAAGAUGUGAUGAAGAAGUCAGCCAAACAGGUGAUGUUGACAGAAGUGUCCCCCAAAGACUUGGAGUUUGACUACUCCUCACUCUCCACAAUAGUGUCGGAGAGAGUAGCAGACAUGAGCUCCAUGGCGCGAGCUGCUGCGCCCGCGCUCAUACCUCUUAGUGAUGGGAGCCCACCAAACCGCAUGGCAAUGAAGGAGCUAUUAGAAUCUCUAAUAUCAAAUGACUACAUGCCGCUGCAUCGGACACUCAAAGCUUCAGGACCAAUCCCACUGCCAACCUUCCUUAUGGACACCACAGAAAUUACUGCUGAUAAGGCAGUAUGGAAAUGUCUAGUGAACCGAGGCGCGUACAACCCCCUGUAUGACACAGACUACGAGGGGCUCAUAGGCCUUCGCCCCGAGAAGCUCGACAAGCGACAGCACAACACGCAGCAGCCGCCACACAAACCUAAGCCAGAAGAAAAAAAGGAGAAGUCUGAAGAGAAGAAAGUAGAAGAGAAGGAGAGCGGUAACGCGGUGGGCGAGGCGGCGUCGCUGACGGCGCUGGCGCUGAAGGGAGCCCUCAGCGUGCAGCACCAGCAGCGCCUGCUCGCGCUGCUCGACGCCGACCCGCUCAGGGUCUACGAGAUCGGCGUCACGCCAACACAGUUACCGGAGCUGGUAGAGAACAACCCCAUGGUAGCGAUAUCAGUGCUGCUGAAGCUGAUCCACUCGCAGCACAUCACCGAGUACUUCAGCGUGCUCGUCAACAUGGAGAUGUCGCUGCACUCCAUGGAGGUCGUCAACAGACUAACAACAUCAGUAGACUUACCCGUCGAGUUCGUGCACCUUUACAUUAGCAACUGCAUCUCGACAUGCGAGACCAUCCGCGACCGCUACAUGCAGAACCGCCUCGUGCGGCUCGUCUGCGUCUUCCUGCAGUCGCUCAUUAGGAACAAGAUUAUUAAUGUUAAGGAACUAUUCAUAGAAGUGGAAGCAUUCUGCGUAGAAUUCUCCCGCAUCAGGGAAGCUGCGGCCCUGUUCAGAUUGCUCAAACAACUGGACUCGGGCGACGGACUGGCGCACAAAGAUACCAAGGACAACUAGCAUAGGGUUCGUACAAGGAAGCGAUAUAUUAGAAGUGUUUCAUGAUAGUAGUCACUGACAGUCGACUUGAUGGCAAGUUAAUAAGUGAGUGUAAACGAGGCAUAAGUUAGUUUGGUAAGACUUGAACAACUAGAGGCCUAUGCUCGUAUUGGACUGCUACUUUUUUACAUUAAAUAUUAAUAAUUUAUUUUAAAUAAAAAAUGUUGAGGGAUUUGACUUCUUGAAGUCUUAUGGAAAAAACCUGUUUACAUAAUUCAUUGAAACAAUUAUAUGUAACCGUAUCGGCGCGGGCGCACACACAGGUCUUGUCGACUGUUGUGAUAGUUUCGUAAAGGGACAGAAUACUAGUUAAACGAGGUUUUGAAAAAACGAAGCAGACCAUAAAAUUGCUAUAUUUUAAAAAAUGGUUUCUUGCCAAAUAUAUACUUUUCAAAACUUGUAUGCUGUAAUUCUACUAGGUACAUAAAAUAGUAAUAUAGUAAGUACAUAUAUUUUUCCAAUAUAAACCUAGAUCUUUUUAUACCUUUGUAAUAAAUAAGUAGUGCACAAAAUAAUAAACUCAUCCAAUAAAUUAUCAAUAGUUACUAAGUAGUAUGUGAUGUACAUAAUAUUAAACAGACAGAAGCCACAAAUAUGGAAAACUGUAGGUACACAUUUAGUACUUAAACAUUAUAGAAUUACAGUUUCACCUUUUUUUUUAAUAAAGGCAACAAUUUGCUUGAUGAGCCUGUUAAGUACCUAUUCGUUUAUCAACCAUAUUUGCGCGUGAAUUCUUCUUAUUCGUUACUACAUCAAAACCUUAAAUAAAAUGUGAAUGUCCUGUUAUCCUAUUUAAAAUAAUGACUGAUUAACUAAGUAGAAACCUAAAAACAAUGAGACGCAUGGAAAUUGAAAUUACAUAUAAUAUUGUACUGAUAGUAUUUCUUCUGUAAAUGUAAGAACGCUAAUUAAAAAGUUAUUGAUGCGUGCAGGAAAUAUAAUGAGUUUCCAUUGCUAUGUAAAUAUUAUACUUGUGUGUUUUUGAAUCAAGAUUGAUUUAGGUAUAUGGAAGUAAAAGGAUUUAUUUGUUAUAUUUUCUACUACAAAUGUAUGAGUAUGACCAUCUGACAGGUUAUAAGCCGUAAUAUAUAAAAUACUUAAGUAAAUUGCAUAAAUGCAGAUGUCAAGUACCUAUAACUAUUUCUCCUAUUUAUCUGUUAAAGUGUGUUGUGUAAGUUGGCAAUAAAACAUACAAAAAAUA